UGAGAUGCCAAUGAGAUAUAUAUAUAAUAAUGUAAAUUAAAACUUAUAUAAAAAGGAGCUGAAAAUACGAACCGAUCACUGGAGAAAUCUGUUAAUAGAGAGAGUAAUCCAAUCUUCAAAAUCACAAUUCUUCCAUCAUCGAGCCGCAAUUCCGAAGCCAUAACUGAGCUGGCCACAUCCUAAAUCUAAAAGUUUAAAUAGGCUUAGUUAUAGUCUACAGAUAUAACAUGGUCAUAGGUAUAAAUUUGUGAUACCCAGAACAAAACACCAAAUACUAAUGUUUCUCAACCAAUCUCUUUACUCAAAUUGUUUUAAUUCAAAUUUAUAAUUUGAUUACCAAUCCGGUCGAGCGGAGACGAUUGAUGCAGUUCCGAAGACACCAGCAAUCAGAGAAGGGGCGGCUUGUUGAAAAAAAAAACUAGAGGCAGCAUCGCGCACAGAAGGCACUACAACUUUGUGGAACCAGUGGCUGAUUUCAAGAGGGAAACGAUGUGUUGUGGUUUCAGUCUCCACGCUUUUGAUACUAUGUCUCUCGUUUUUUGGGCUGGGAAUGAACUGUGGCGUCGUGUUCACUGUCAAGUUCGGCCGAGUCACUCAGAGGAAGAAUGCGGCCAAGGUCAUCUGCAGCAUGUCUCUCUGCAACAUAUUCUACCUCUUAUUCGUCAUCAUAUUCGCUGUGCCCAUGAGGUUUGGCCUCUCGGGGGACUGGAAUUCUUUCUGCCUCAUGUGUCACCUGGCCCAGGUGGGCAGCAAUGCACCCAAGGCAGUCAUCACAGCACACCACUUGGUCAUUGCAGUCGACACCUUCUGGCUCAUUAAAAAGCCGUUCGAGUAUGCCAAUCUGAGCAUAUUGCACAUGAGGCAGUAUCUUUGGAUGUCGUGGGUGGUCCCGGGACUCUAUGUGCUGGUGUUCGACUCCCUCACCCUCUGUUUCUACGAGACACUCUCGCUCAACAAAUGCACUCCGAGAGCCGACCAACACUACUCGAUGGUACCUGACCUGGUGAACAUCCUGGUCAACUUCGCCCUCUACUCCCUCGCACUAGGCUACAUCAUGUUCCUCUACGCCCAAGUAUUCAGUGAGGCACUUGGUCGAAUGCGGAGACGCCAUUUCCCCCAUGGUGAAAGACGGGCAUCUUUGACCUCCGACUGCGCAAUUGCGUGUAUGGAGACUUACAAACAGGAGAUGCGUUUGAUCCGUGGCUUCGUAGUGCUGGUGGUGGCUGCUCUGAUGACUGCAUGUAUCCGCAACAGCUACUACCUCGUCUGCUUCAUCAUUGGCUGUGACGACUCCUGCUCAUCGGGCGGCAGAUGGCGUGAUACAGUGUUCAGCACAUUCACAGGCUGCAGUCUCCUGCUAGUCACCUGCUUCACCCCCUACGCGUACUUCUAUCGCAAUCCACUCUUUCAGAAGGCAUUCUACGAUCUACUUCGCGACAAAGUCUGCAGACGGGGCAACAGGGCCAGCAGACCCCCGUCCACUAAAGCGAUAGAGCUGCUGGCCAAAGCAUGAGUCAUAUCUGAUCGGAGUGUGGUGAUUUUAGAGGAAGUCAUUCGGGGAACUAUCAAUUUGAUGUCAUAAUUCUUCUAUUUGAUGCAGUUUUAGAUGUUCAGUUUUCGAUGUUUUAAUGUAAAGAUUUUCCCUCUGUCUCAUUGUAAUAGUUCUAAAAUCUUUUCCUGUUUCAGUUUUCAGCAUUAAAAUGUAUGGGUUUGUCUUGUCGAUUGAUAGCAAUGUUGCCGCUCUGCAUUGGUUAAGUGUUUUGACCAAAUUUUUAAAUUUCUCUUGAGACUUGUUUCACAAUUUUUGUUCGAAGAAAGUGCGGAAUAUCUAUGCUC